AUGUCAGAAGAACUCACCAGAAUCGACUCCGCCGUCGCUGGCCUGUCGAUAUCUCCUCCAGACGAAAAGCAUCUUGACAAGAAGCCCAUCAAGAAGACUCACAGGAGGACAUCCUCCACCGCAGAAGGUGUCCGGAAUAUCAAUGACCUAGAAAAGGAAGGGAUUGAACUGGAGAUCCCGAUAGAAACGCAGAAACUCGGCUGGCGACUCAACACCUCACCGUCAAAACUGGAGGACCAAGAUGUCCUAAAAAAGUUCCUAGUCACACCACCCGUGAAGAAGAUCGACCUGGUCUGGCCGUUGGGUCUGCAUGUAACAGCACGGAAUAUGAAAGGAGUAACCAUCAGGGAUGCGCUGGACGCAAUCUACAAACAGUUCAAGAAGAAGGCUGACGACGAGUUGGAAAAUCCCGUCCUCGCUGGCUUCGAGUGGGACAAGGAAGAAUGCUGGACACGACUAAUCGUACACCAGAAGAAGGAAGGCGCUCCACCCCCAAGCACCAAAAAGUCCAAGAAGAAGGCCGCCGCCAACGGUGAGGCAUAG